AAGAAAAACCACAACAACGAUGCAGCGCGACAAGACCAGCAACGCCAGCGCGGCUGAAAAGCCGGACCGCGAGGCCGCCAUCAUGUCCAAAUAUUACGACGGAGUGGAGUUUCCUUUCUGUGACGAGUUCAGCAAGUACGAGAAGAUGGCCAAGAUCGGGCAGGGCACCUUUGGGGAGGUGUUUAAGGCGAAGCACCGGCAGACGGGGAAGAAAGUCGCCCUGAAGAAAGUUCUGAUGGAGAACGAGAAGGAAGGGUUCCCGAUAACGGCUCUGAGGGAGAUCAAGAUCCUGCAGCUGCUCAAACACGAGAACGUGGUGAACCUGAUCGAGAUCUGCCGAACCAAAGCGACGCAGUUCAACCGCUACAAGGGCAGCAUUUACCUCGUCUUCGACUUCUGCGAGCACGACCUGGCGGGGUUGCUAAGCAACGCCAACGUGAAGUUCACGCUGUCGGAGAUCAAGAAGGUCAUGCAGAUGCUGCUGAACGGCCUGUACUACAUCCACAGGAACAAGAUCCUCCACCGGGACAUGAAAGCCGCCAACGUCCUGAUCACCCGCGACGGCGUCCUGAAGCUCGCCGACUUCGGGCUAGCGCGGGCCUUUAGCCUAGCCAAAAACAGCCAGGGGAACCGCUACACCAACCGCGUGGUGACGCUGUGGUACCGGCCGCCGGAGCUGCUGCUGGGCGAGCGAGACUACGGCCCCCCCAUCGACCUCUGGGGGGCCGGCUGCAUCAUGGCGGAGAUGUGGACCCGAUCUCCCAUCAUGCAGGGCAACACGGAGCAGCACCAGCUGACCCUGAUCAGCCAGCUGUGCGGCUCCAUCACGGCCGAGGUCUGGCCCGGCGUGGAUAAGAAGUACGAGCUGUACCAGAAGAUGGAGCUUCCGAAGGGCCAGAAGAGGAAGGUGAAGGACCGUCUGAAGGCGUACGUGAAGGAUCCGUACGCCCUGGACCUGAUCGACAAGCUGCUGGUCCUGGACCCGGCCCAGCGCACCGACAGCGACGACGCCCUCAACCACGACUUCUUCUGGUCCGACCCCAUGCCGUCGGACCUGAAGAACAUGCUCUCCACCCACAACACGUCCAUGUUCGAGUACCUGGCGCCGCCGCGCCGCCGCGGCCACCUGCCGCAGCAGCAGCCCAACCAGAACCGGAACCCGGCCGCCACCAGCCAGACCGAGUUCGACCGGGUCUUUUAGUGGACAAUUCAAGACUUUUAUUUUGAAAAAAGGUCUUUUAGUGGACACUUCACUUUUAUUUUGAAAAAAGUUUGUUUUUUUCCAGGUCUUUUAGUGGACGCUU